AUGAAACAUUCAUGCCCAGAGGACUUAGGUGGAAAUCAAUUUUUAUUAUGGGUGGUCGGAGUUGAAUCUGAUAUUCUUCCACGUUUCUGUGAGUGCGGCUUCUUUAUGGGCGGUGUUGCUGUGUGUGCAAUCAGUGGAGAUCAGGCUGUGGUUAUUGGCGGCUCCAUCUCUGUGUGUGAUCGACGGCGAGUUGAGUCUCCGACGAUCGAAAUCUUUGAGGCUGUAGAAGGUGCUUGGAAUGUAGGUGGUAAAGGCUGGAAUAAUUGGGAUUAUAUGACAGAGAAAUUUCCUGAGAGCAUUGCGGAUCGUUCAAAUGGAAAAGUGGCAAUCGAUCACUAUAACAUGUUCAAGGAAGAUGUGGCUUUGAUGAAGGAAGUUGGUUUGGAUUCUUAUAGAUUUUCAAUUUCGUGGUCCAGAAUCUUACCAGGUGGUAGAAUAUGUGAUGGCAUAAGCAAAGAAGGAAUCCAAUUCUAUAAUGAUCUCAUAGACGCACUUUUGGAUGGAGGCAUUAAACCAUGUGCAACUAUCUUCCAUUGGGAUGUUCCCCAACGUUUGGAAGUUGAAUAUGGCGGCUUCUUAAAUCAUCAAAUUGUGGAACAUUUUUGUGAGUUUGCUGAGAUAUGCUUUUGGGAAUUCGGCGAUCGAGUGAAAUAUUGGGUCACACUCAAUGAGCCUUGGUCCUUUACUUUUUGCGGAUAUGUUAUAGCAAGGUUUCCCCCUCGUCGAGACAACCCAGAGGAUGUCGAGGCUGCUUCGAGAGCGAUCGAUUUUUUGUUAGGAUGGUUUGUAGCCCCUGUAAUAACGGGUGAUUAUCCACCAUCCAUGAGAAACAAUGUACGAAAACGUCUUCCCAAAUUUAAACCAGACGAGUUGGCGCUAGUGAAAGUUCUGAAGAUUACUGGCUUAUUAGCUGGGAGUGUUAUUGUGACCAUUUUCUACGGUGGUCUUGGCUGCAGCUUCUUCUUACUUCCUGGUCUUCUCUCCCUCUUCCUCUUCUCUCUGGUCUUCUAUUUCAGGCUUCUUUCUCCCCUCUGGUCUUCUUGGCUUCUUGGAGGUGUUUGGUUGUUUUCUGGUGGUGGACCUUUCUGUGUUUCCAGAACAUCACUUGCCCUCGACUCAAUUGACAACAUAGUACAUGGAAAUAAUCUUGAUGAGCUUGAAAAAAAUGCUGAAGAUGAGAGGCCAGAAUCACAGAUUAAUGAAGCUCCCUUGCAGCUGAAUAACAAUGAUAGUGAAGAUUUGCCUCAACACAGGGCAGGAAGUCGUAAUCCCCUGAUAACUAGAGCAAAGGGUUGUUUAGCAGCAUUAGACACCGCUGAGAAGAGUACUGGUAGCGGGGGCAAGAAGAAAGGGCCAGCUCAAUUACGGCUGUACAAUUUGGGCAACACAUCCCCUGUUCCUGUUUCAAAUCUUGUGAGCAUUUUGGAGAGAUUACUCAAGGUGAAAGCAAAGAGGUUGAUUAUGAAGUUGCCAAGGAAUGGGGAUGUGCAGUUUACUCACGCGAACAUAAGCUUGGCUCAGACUGAGCUUAGCUACAAACCCACAACAGAUCUACAGACGGGGUUGAAGAAAUUCGUUCAGUGGUAUCUCAGUUACUACGACAAUGGGAAGAAAAGCUCACAAUGA